AUGGCUGCAUUAGCAAAGCCUCGAUCUGAAAUGACUCAAGAAGAGUUAGCAGCGAAAGAACAAGAAGAAUUCAACGUUGGUCCACUUUCUGUGCUUACACAGUCAGUAAAGAAUAAUGCGCAAGUCCUGAUCAACUGCAGAAACAACAAGAAAUUGCUUGGUCGUGUAAAAGCUUUCGAUAGGCAUUGUAAUAUGGUUCUGGAAAAUGUUAAAGAAAUGUGGACAGAGUUACCAAAAACGGGGAAAGGGAAGAAGAAGGCGAAGCCCGUUGCGAAGGAUCGUUUCAUAACAAAAAUGUUCCUUCGCGGCGAUUCCGUUAUUAUCAUAUUGAAAAAUCCAGCAGUUGCAGUUUCAGAAUCCACCUAA